AUGGCUGCAUACCCGAACGUCGCCGAGAACGGUGCCUCUGCCUACCAGGGGUCAGGGAAGAUCUACCCCUGCUCUGGUGCAAUAGAAGGCCUCCAGCCUGCCGACGGACUUAUCUUUGUGCCAACUAUGGUCUCAACAAUGGCUCUGUUAAGUCUAAACCCAGCGAUCAUCGACGAGUUAUCAGGCUCCAAGCUCAACCAAUCUUUGAACCUCUUCGAACCAGCCAAUGGCUUUGUGAACAAAUCUCUCUCAAACUGCACCACCGAAUUCAAGAAGAACUUCUAG